GGCUUUAUCACAACCAUUCAAUUUUCUUCUUCGACUUUUAUCUUCCUUUAUCUCUUUCUCUCUCCAAAUCGAAACCCUAAAAAUUUCAUCUUUCAUAAUCUCACGAUCUUACUCUAAAUUUUCUCACAAAAAUCUCUCCUUUUCGAGAUAAAGAUUGUCAUCCGAUUCAAUUCUCUACAGAUCGGGUUUUGAUUUUGGAUAAUCUCAUCUCAAUCUCACCCUGAUUUCAACACAUUGUUGCUCUCGCAUGGGUAAGAUUCUGAGAGAAACAUCGAGGCCUUCCUCAACUUCGUCACCGGGAACACCUUCUUCCGGUCCGGCAACUACAUCGUCGACAUCGAUAACCGAAACGGUCAAAGGCUCGCACCGGUUCAAGAUAACGGGGUAUUCGUUAUCGAAGGGGAUUGGAGUUGGGAAGUACAUAGCAUCGGAGAUAUUCUCGGUGGGAGGGUACGAUUGGGCGAUCUAUUUCUACCCUGAUGGGAAGAGCGUGGAAGAUAAUGCUACGUAUGUGUCGCUUUUCAUCGCGCUUGCAAGCGAAGGAACUGAUGUUAGGGCUCUUUUUGAAUUGACCCUUUUGGAUCAGAGUGGGAAAGAGAGGCAUAAGGUUCAUAGCCAUUUCGAGAGGACGUUGGAGAGUGGACCGUACACCUUGAAAUACCGUGGUAGCAUGUGGGGAUACAAAAGAUUUUUUAAGAGAACAUCACUAGAGACAUCAGAUUACCUUAAAGAUGAUUGCCUUAGUGUUAAUUGUAGCGUUGGUGUUGUAAAGUCACACACAGAGGGCCCUAAAACAUUUUCUAUUGCAAUAACACCUUCUAAUAUUGGUCACCAGUUUGGGAAGCUACUAGAAAGUGGAAAAGGCAGUGAUGUGAGUUUUGAGGUGGAUGGUGAAACUUUUGCGGCUCAUAAAUUGGUACUAGCAGCCCGAUCAGCUGUUUUUAGAGCUCAGCUUUUUGGUCCUAUGAAAGAUCAGAAUACCCGGUGUAUUAACGUUGAAGAUAUGGAAGCUCCGGUUUUCAAGGUUCACAUAAAUUUGCCUCUUUCCCUAUGUUUUCCCCUUAUUAUCAUUCUUAAUAAUAUGCAUAUGGAAUGUGCAACUUGUCUGCUGUGCUAUGCCAUAUUUUCCAUUUUGCAGGCAAUGCUUCAUUUCAUAUAUUGGGACUCACUGCCUGACAUGCAAGAGCUCACUGGGAUUAACUCAAAAUGGGCAACUACCUUGAUGGCUCAGCAUCUGCUAGCAGCAGCUGAUCGAUAUGGGUUAGAAAGACUUAGGCUGAUGUGUGAAGCAAGUCUAUGUGAAGAUGUUGCAAUAAACACUGUAGCUACAACUUUAGCUUUGGCAGAGCAGCACCAUUGUUUCCAGCUGAAAGCAGUCUGUCUGAAAUUCAUUGCAAGGCCUGAAAAUCUUAGAGCUGUGAUGCAAACUGAUGGUUUCGAGUACUUGAAGGAAAGUUGCCCAUCUGUUUUGACUGAGCUUUUGGAGUACGUGGCUAGAUUUACCGAGCAUUCGGACUUUUUAUGCAAGCAUAGGAACGAAGCAAUCCUCGAUGGCAGUGAUGUAAAUGGAAGGCGGGUGAAGCAAAGACUAUACUGUGAAAAAUGACCAGGUCACCGAAGAACCCUGUUCCACUCACAUUAAAAAAUUUUCAGUGAGCCAUGGAUAGAGGGAUAUGAUAAGCAUUUAUAGGAUUAGUGGCAAUUUUUAUUUGUCGUAGAUUACUCCAUGUCUAGGUGUAAAUGUAAUGUGUUUGGUGUUGUUGCAGGUUUGUCUUCGAUAGGUUUCUCACUUUCUCUAACAUUGUGUUCUCUGUUGUAUUAAAACUUUUUUCUGAAAUGAAAAUUAUUGAUGAAUCUGACCA